UUUUGUUGUGCCGCCUUAGGUACAACAGUAAUGAACUGAGACCCUAUCAAAUCUUCCAUAUAAAAACCACAAAACCCUACAUCUUUUCUUUACCCUAGUUCUUGAAAUGUAAUGUGUUUUUUCUGAGAACAAACACACAAAAUCUUUCUUUCUUGCCAUCCAAGAAACAUGAGGAAAACAGAGUCAGAGGCAAGCUUGUAUGGCAAUGGAGAAACCUGGGUCAGAGGCCCAUUGCUGGGCAAAGGAGGUUUUGGGUCUGUAUUUCUCGCCAAUUCCAAGAAACCCAAAUCACGCUUUCACUGUUACCCUUCAACCAUGGCUGUCAAAUCCGCUGAAUUUUCUCUUUCUGCUUCGCUUCAAAAGGAAAAAGAGGUUCACAACAACGUUCAGGGCUCCCCUUUUGUUAUUCACUGCUUUGGCGAAGAAAUCACUACCCAACAAAACGGUGAGAAUAUGGUUUACAACUUGUUGCUUGAGUACGCUUCUGGAGGAACCUUAAGCGAUUUGAUCAAGAAUUCUGGUGGGUCUGGAUUGCCUGAGUCCGAUGUUAAAAGGUACACAAAAUCGAUGUUAAAAGGGCUCAGUCAUGUUCAUGAUUGUGGUUAUGUACACUGCGAUUUGAAGCCUGAGAACGUGUUGCUUGUGAGCAGUACUAGUGAAAAUUUUGUGGCAAAGAUAGGGGAUUUAGGGUUGGCUAAGAGGUCAGGGCAGAGGAAGAAGGGGAGGUUGGAUUACUUGAGGGGAACGGUAUUGUAUAUGGCUCCAGAAACUGUGAUUGAGAAUGUGCAAGACAUGAAAUCUGAUAUUUGGGCUUUAGGGUGUGUGGUGUGUGAAAUGCUUACAGGGAAAUCUCCUUGGGAUAAGGAGGAAGAGUUGGAUACAGAGGAACUUUUGAAUCUUAUUGGUGAUGAGCGGGAAUUGCCUAAAAUUCCAAGUGGGAUUUCAAGGGAGGCGAGGGAUUUUUUGAAGGCUUGUCUUGUGAGGAAGCCCAUGUUCAGGUUCACGGCUGAGAUGUUGAUGGAUCAUCCCUUUCUGGCCGAUGUGGAUGACGCUGAACCACCUGCUGUUGUUCCUAGUCCUACCUGGACUGAGGCUAACUUUCAGCUUAGUGGUUCUUCAUUUUCAGACGAUGAUGAUUUGAUCACUUGUUCGUGUUCAGAGGAUGAGGAAGAUUUUGGAGUAGGAUUAGUUGUGAUCUCAGAUGACGAAGCGUCUGUUGUAGGUCAGAAAAGGAAGCGGGUUGCAUUUGAUGAUGACUAUAAAUUUAGGACAGCAGCACAGGCUAAUUUGAAGUUUCCUGCGUCAUUCGUACCAGUUGGAGCUUAAUUGUAUAUUGUUACAGAUUUUGAUAGAUUUAGAGUAGAAUAGUCCUUAUAUGCUAUAGGAAGUAAGCACAUUCAAUUGUACUUAUUCAUGAUAUAUAAUUCA